AUUCGGUGUUUUGAGGUCUGGAAGACGGAGGCAACAUCGAAAAGUGUAAACCGGAGGAUUUCAUCUUUUUCGGUCUCCCUCGAGUUCUUCAUGCUUCUUCCUUACGGAUUCUGAAGAGUAACGGUAAUGAUAAGCCCCUGGCUGUUCUAGUUCAUUGAAAUUGUCUUCUUUCUAUCCUCAAAGAGGAGUUAGUUAAGGAGUGAAAAGCAGGAGGAAGGGAUGUUUUCUCUUAUUUAUGGACUGUGGAAGUACAUGGUCACUACGACUGAGUUUCAUGUUCUCAUUCUUGGUAUCGAUAAGGCCGGGAAGACGACAUUUUUGGAGAAACUGAAGUCGAUAUACUCAAUCUCAGAAGGUCUUCCUCCUGAUAGGAUUGUUCCUACUGUGGGGCUGAAUAUUGGCCGGAUCGAAGUCUCCAAUACUAAAGUUGUGUUUUGGGACCUGGGAGGUCAGCCUGGAUUGCGGUCAAUCUGGGAGAAGUAUUAUGAAGAAGCUCAUGCAUUGAUAUAUCUAAUUGAUGCUGCUUGCCCGUCCCGCUUUGAAGAUUCAAAAUCUGCUCUAGAGAAAGCCCUACGACAUGAGGAUUUGCAAGGAGCCCCUCUUUUGAUAUUGGUGAACAAGCAAGAUCUCCCUAAUGCUGUAUCUGCUGAGGAACUCGACCGUUACUUGGAUAUAAAGAAAUUGGAUGAAAGGGUUUGCAUGUUUGAAGCUGUUUCAGGGUUUGACGGGCGAGGAAUCAGAGAAAGCAUGGAGUGGCUGGUCGGGGUGAUGGAGAAAAGCAAAAGAAGCGAAAUAUUAAGGGCCCGUGCAGGAAUCAGGACGACGUCCUAGACUGGAAGAAAGCACACUCGGAAAGCUUGUGUAGAUAAUAAACCAUGGUUUUGGCUGUACCACAUGAGUAGAGUUCUAGCAAUCUUAUAACUUAAACCAUAGCAGGUGUCUUCUUUUAUUCUUUAAAAAGUUCAUGAUAGGAUUUAGAUUUGAGAUUCCAAUUUGAGAUUUUGAGGUAAUGAUUGGGUCUAGUCCCCACUGUACUGCAAAAGCUGAUGCCACAUCAAAGAUGAGGACAAUUAGUACAGUGAUAGUUUACA